AUGGCUGAGGAAGUGACCGCUGUGCUGCGGAUGAGCAAGGAUGGGACGACGUUCGGGUUUCUGCUGCGGCAGAUCGACACAGGCGAGCACGUCAUUUACAAGAUCAUCGAGAAUACCCCGGCGGACAUGUGUGCCAAGGUGGAUAUCGGUGAUAUCGUGAUGAAGAUAAACGGCGUCGAUGUUACUGGAUUGGCUACCAAAGAUGUGGUGAAAUGUGUCCGGGUUUCGCCAAACCCGAUGACUCUCCAGCUCAAGACCGAUCCGAAGGUGAAAAGCCGCGUGUACGAUAUGAUCAAAUCCACCUCGCCCGAACGCAUGCUACAUCACCAGCAGCAGCAUUUGUCACCUCAAACGCUCGGUCCUGAGGAGUUUACCGUUGUCCUGCGGCGGAAGAAAGAGGACACCCGGCUGGGAUUCGUGGUGCGGGCGACGGAUCUGCUCGAUCACGUCAUCGUGGAAAUUCGGGAAGAUUCACCUGCGGCGCUUUGUGGAAAAGUGGAAGUUGGGGACGUCUUCCUAAAAAUAAACGAUACGGAUGCUCAACAAUAUUCCCCUCGUGACGUCUUGAAAUGCCUCGGACUCGCAACGGAACCGAUCACGUUGCGUAUGAAGCGAGAUCCAUGGAUCAAGAACUACCUUCGAGAGCAGUACCAACACGAGGAGCAGCAACUGCUGCUUAGUGACGAAUCCAUCGAGCAGCAACAAACGUAUCCUUUGCGCAGUGACAACACGAAUGGCUCUCCGCCGCAGCUUCAUUCCGUUCCGACUUCUCGUCUGGUGCAACCAAAGCGUUCCAAGUUGCUGUCGCUCGAUUCGGAGCCUAACCUCAACUCACCGAACCAGGUGGCCAUCGGACGGACCGGUGGAAAUGGCAGCCCGUAUGGGAUUCGCGAGUGCCAGUCGGAAUCCGCCUGUCGGCCUUCACGCAUUCCUCAAGCCAUCGCGCAUAACUGGAGUGCGCCUCAGUCGCCAUCUCGGGGCCGGAAACCUCCCCGGGCAUCCCAGAUUCCGACGGCCCGGUCUGAUCUGUUGAAACAUUCGCGAUUCGUCAUGACCGGCGAAUCCCAGUUCGAGACACGUUACUACGAAGCUCCAUCACCAAACGCGCAACGUUUCAGUGGUAAACGCAAAAACGCGCCACUGGUCAACUAUGACACGUUGUCGUCGUCCACCAGCCGUUCGGAGGACAACAGCAACAGCAGCAGUUGCUUGAUGGAGGACAAUGCCAACAACGACCCUACGCAGCCGCCAUCACCGGCGUCUCCACUCUCACCCGGUGGGCUGCCAACCAGCGACAAUAACGUUUUGGAGGAAUCUGGCAACGGAGAUGGUCCGAUGAACAAGCGGAGACCCGCCGAUGCAGACAGUCACGGUUCGAACGGCAACAACAACCUUCCGGCGGGCACUGAAUCCUUCGGCCGGAUGCUAGCGGGAUCGGGCAAAGACAAAAAAGGCCGUAUUAGCGAAGGCCACGGUAAUCGCAGCAACGGGGAGCGAUCCGGAACCGGACCGGGUGACACCGUUGCCGGUGGAGACGGGCCAAACCAAAUCGCAUUUAGCAACGCCAAGGCAGACUCCAACAACGGCGACGGUGCGGGCGUUGGAUGGCCAACAGACUGUGAUAGUUCGACGGGUGUCACUAGGGCAGCCGGCAAGCAGGAUGUGCCGAAACAAGCCGGAGGAGAAUCGGCCCUUAGGCAUCCCCAGCAGCGCCAUAUGGUCGGGUUAAGGGCCAAGGGCGACCCUAGCGAGGUCAGUUACUCUGUGCCAACGUCACCGACUACGUUUGGCGUGGGUCCUGGUGGAGGUGGCGAUCAUCUGCUGCCUACUGGCAACUCCGGACACGAGCAGCAACACCGCAACAACAACGAUAUGGGCGUCAAUUCGAUGCCGACGAGCCCGGAGUACGGUGGGGCUAGUGGGCACCAUCAUCACCAUCAAGUGUUCCGCUACGGUGCCGGAGCAACAGCCGAUCACUCCUCAAAUGGUGGUGGAGAUGGUCCAGGAGGGGGUAACACCAGUAGUGGUGAGUUGACGGCCAACACCAACAUGAGUUCUGGCUCGGGACCAGCUAGUGGAAUGAUCCGGAAGUGCGAUGCUGCUGGAUUCCGUACGAGUCGCUCGGAAGAUCACCUUCAGCAGUCGCAACGAGACGGUGGAAUAGGUGCAGUCGUCUCUAUCGAUAUCGAUGAGGAUGUGAACAGCUCGCUUAACACCUUACUCGAUACGCGCCACGAUUCGCAGGAAUACGCGAUAUCGGAACGAGAGCGAUUCUUGUGGUCCUACAACGCGCAGGUGGUUUCAAAAACGGCUGGAACUGGAGGAGAAAAUAUCAUCAACGCAACCGAACCCGGCGCAAAUGUGGUUUCGCCGUUGUCCUACUCCAGUUCGGUCAGUUCCUCACCUCAGCGCUCCGCCAGCGAUAGCCCGGCUUCACCUACCUCCGUCUCGAGCUCGGUCAUGUCUUCCUCCGGUGGUUCUCGCGAGCAUUCUCACAAUGGCCACGGCGCCUCCGGUGUUGCUAGCUCCUCCACCGCCAACAACAUAUCGGGCAUGUCCGGAGGGACCGCAACACCGGGAAGUGGCCUGUAUCAGCAGCAGCAUCAUCACCAGCAGCAUCACCAGCACCUAUCGCAUCAGCAGCAGCUGAAUCAACAUCACCAGCAGCAUACUUCCGGGCAGUAUCCGGGUCAAUCGGGAUACGGUGGUGGAAGAGACCACAGCGUGUCGGAAGCGGUGUCGAACAUCUCCAGCCCCGACUAUCAGGACGAGCAUGACCUACUCAGCACCAAGGACCUCAUGGCUAUGGCCAUUAGUGAUCCGAGCGACUCUGACUCGACGAUCUUGAUCUCGGAGAACACCCACCGGUGCGAUCUGCCGUUGGGCCAUUCUGAUCGAGAGCAUAAGCUCGUGAUCCAGGUGAAAUCCGGUGAAGGCAGUACCGACGUUGAGGACGAUUACGACGGGGCUCGCUGUCUCGCGCUCAUCAAGGAAGCCGAGCAAUCGGAUCUGGAUGGGUUCGAGUCAACGGAUGACGGUAUGUUGCAGCCUGGCGUGGCUCCUUUGCUGCAGGGUCUCGGUGAUGGGACGCCUUAUGGGGGCAUCCUGACGCGUGAAUCGUCCCCACCGGUCUCGGAUGAUGGUAGUGACGUCGAUUCGCUGCAUUCGUUUCAUUAUUCGCCGAAAGCCGUGGACCUACCGUCGGCUGAGAGGCUCGCCAAGCGGCUCUAUUAUUUGGAGGGCUUCAAGAAGAGUGACGUGUCUCGGCAUCUGUGCAAAAACAAUGAUUUCAGCCGCGCCGUCGCCGAGGAAUACUUGAAGUUUUUCUUUUUCGAAUGCCUAACACUCGACAAAGCGCUGCGGCUGUUUUUGAAGCAAUUUUCGCUGACGGGCGAAACGCAGGAGCGCGAACGCGUGCUGGUCCACUUCUCCAAGCGCUAUUUGGACUGCAAUCCACGGUCGUUCAACUCACAAGAUGCUGUGCAUACGCUUACGUGUGCAAUCAUGCUGCUUAACACGGACCUCCACGGGCAGAAUAUAGGCUCCAAAAUGACGUGCGCCGAGUUCAUCGACAAUCUAAGUGACCUGAACGAUGGUGAAAAUUUCCCCAAGAACGUGCUAAAGCAGCUGUACUAUUCGAUAAAGGAGAAGCAGCUCGAAUGGGCUUUGGACGACGAGUCUGACCCUAAGCUAGGUAUACGGAAUAACGAUGGCAACGGGAAUAGUGGCGGUGUGUUGGGUGGAGGUGGUGGUGGCGGUGGUGGAGGUGGUAACGGUGGAUCAAACGAUGGAGGUGUGACCGGAGGCAGCCUGCAGGGACCACCUGUUGGGCCAAAUCCGUUCCUGGAGGCGCCAGCAAUGUUCGCGGCAGUAGAGUACAAGAAGGGCUACGUGAUGCGGAAGUGCUGCUUCGACACGAACUACAAGAAGACUUGCUGCGGCUUUUCUUGCACCGUUUUAGCCCCGUUUGGACGACGUUCGUGGAAGAUGUUCUUCUGUACGUUACGCGAUCUCGUGCUCUAUUUGCAUAAGGAUGAGCACGGCUUUCGUAAGAACCAGAUGUCGGACAACGUGCAUAAUGCGAUCCGGAUUCACCACGCGCUGGCAACCCGGGCUACGGACUACACUAAGAAGCAGCACGUAUUCCGACUGCAGACGGCCGAUCAGUCGGAGUUCCUGUUUCAGACCAGCGAUUCGAAGGAGUUGCAGUCGUGGAUUGAUACCAUCAACUUCGUUUGCGCGUCCUUUUCCGCACCGCCACUCGAGGGUGGUGUUGGAAGUCAAAAAAGAUUUCAACGCCCACUCCUUCCUUGCACGCAUAGUCGUCUUCUACUGCGCGAUCAGUUAGCUUCCCACGAACGACAGAUAACAAAAAUUAUGAACCUGCUGGAGGAGCACAAGGUGUCAGCUGCCCCACCCAAAGGGUUGGCGCUACAGAACUACAAGGAAAAGGAGGUGUACCUGCAGUACGAGCUGAAACGAUACAAAACGUACUACAAUUUACUCAGCUCACGACUUACCAUGGAGCCGCAGGACUUCAACAAUCAGCAUCAGGUCAGUGCGGCUGCACUGAAUGAUACUGGCGAACGACGGGAUGAUUCCUGCAGCACCAUGCUACCACUAGCCGGCUAUGAUUACAGCGCCAACAACCACCCAGCCUCGACCCAACAACGCCCGACAGCCACCGGUGCCGGGUUGAUGCCCAAUUUCAUUCAGCAGCACCAAGGAGCGACUCCUGGGACCGUUGGUGCAACACCCGGACGACCAGGACUCUCUCCACCCGAGCAAACGACACUCGGGCAACUAACCAGAGGUGCGACUGAAUCCACCAACAGCCUGUAG